AUCUCGCGAGAACACCAAUCCCCAAUCACAAGGGUGAGUGUCUGGUCAUCACAUGCCAGGAAAUGCGGAUGAAUUCUAAUUGAUGGGAAGAUUCGUCAUUGGAAUUUCUCAGCCACAAUUUCCCUUUCUAGUUCUUCCUCAUAAAUUAGCGAAUCUCAGUCUAUUAAACACAGGAUUACUUUGGGGGAAAAAAUCGAUGCUUUCCCACAUCAAUCAUGGCGGCCUCUCUCACUGAUAUCAGGUCAUGUGACCCCGGCACAGCCACAGGAAGUGAAGAUGCUGAGAGCCCAUGUGAAGCGCCGGUUGAAGGAUGUGGCGAUCGUACUCUGCGGGGGAGGGCUCCUGUUUUCCUCUUUCCUUACCGUCAAAGGCGACGAGCGUUUCUACUCUGAACAUUUAAUGCCAGCGUUGCAGAAGAUCGUCUCCCCGGAGCGGGCGCACACUCUGUCUGUACGCUUUGCAGCGCUGGGGCUGCUCCCGAGAUGCACACAACCCGAGUCACAACGCCUGGAGGUGAACGUUUUGGGUUGCAGGUUCCGGAGCCCGGUGGGAUUGGCUGCGGGAUUUGAUAAACACGCGGAGGCCGUGGACGGGCUCUUCAAAGUCGGCUUUGGCUUUGUAGAGGUCGGAAGUGUUACACCAAAUCCUCAGGAUGGGAAUCCAAAACCAAGAGUGUUUCGCCUGCCGCAAGACCGAGCGAUUAUUAACAGGUACGGGUUCAACAGUCACGGCAUAGAGGCCGUUCACCGGAGACUCCUCCGUAGGACAGAGAAGCAGAAGAAGCUGACAUCUGAGGGAAUGCCGCUGGGAAUAAAUCUGGGAAAAAACAAGACGUCGGAAGAUGCAGCCGCUGAUUACACCAGAGGGGUGCGAGAACUGGGCCCUCUGGCUGAUUACCUCGUUAUCAACGUGUCCAGUCCCAACACACCCGGGCUCAGGGACCUGCAAGGCAGAGAGCAGCUGCACCACCUGCUGGCCAAGGUGGUGAGUUCGCGGAACGCCCUUCCCCCCGACCACAGGCCGGCGUUACUGGUGAAGAUCGCACCGGAUCUUUCCCUGCGCGAUAAGCAAGACAUCGCCAGUGUGGUUACAGAGCUCGGUAUUGAUGGUUUGAUUGUCGCCAACACCACAGUCAGUCGCCCCAAUACCCUCAAGGACCCCCAGAGUUGCGAGGUGGGCGGGCUGAGUGGGGUUCCACUACGCGAUAUGGCAACCGAGACCGUGAGAGAGAUGUACGCUCUGACCUCAGGCAAGGUCCCCAUUAUUGGAGUCGGGGGUAUCAGUUGUGGUUCGGACGCUCUUCAGAAGAUCCGCGCGGGUGCUUCUCUCGUCCAGCUGUACACCGCCCUCACUUAUCAAGGACCCCCCAUUGUAGGAAAAGUGACACGGGAACUGGAGCAACUGCUUAUCGAGCAAGGAUUUUCCAGCGUCUCGGAAGCGGUGGGCGCUGAUCAUAGGACGACAGUUCAGGAUUCAUCAGUGAAAUCAUAAGAUUUAGGAUACGUAUGGCUGAUCGAUAGUUCAGAACUGUCAUUUUUUUUAAAGAGAACCUGUCACUUUGUAUACCGUAUUUAUCUUCCUAUAGCGCACACCGGCGU